AUGUCGUCGACGCGGAGACAUCUGAGCGGCAUUCUCAUCGCCAACCCGCAAGCUGACAUCGCCAUUGCCGCCGCGAAGGGUUUUGCGGGAACCUUGGACAUCCAACACGGGGGCGGUGUUUCCCUCGCCAGAUACGUCAGUGAGCAGGCAAAUCACCUCAUGGGCUACAUGUCUCGGGAUGGUCAAAUGGCUUAA